AUGAUUUUUUACUUAUUAACACUUUUGACUAGUGGAAAUAGCGUAAUAAUUGAUACUAAUCUAAGAUGUGCUUGUUCUGAAAUAUUGCUAGAAAAUGAUUGUAAUUCGUUAAUGAAUUGUAAAUGGGUAAAUAAUUAAUGUGGCGAUUAUAUUUAUGAAUGUUAUGUUUAAGGUUUAACAAAUAUAAAUACUUAUACUUGUAAUUGGAAUAACAAAACAAAUAUUUAUGAAGCUUAAAAAUUUGAGUGUUCUCAAUUUAAAAAUAGAUUUGAUUGUUCUAGGUUCAAACCAUAUUGUUUGUGGAAUUCAACUGAGAUGUGCAAUGAAUUUACAAGUUGUUAAGAUUAUGAUGAAUAAAGGUGUCCAAUAUAUUAUAAGAAUUGUUCAAUUAGCAAUAAAGAUUGUAUUAAUGGUUUGUAGUCAUGUUAAAAUUAUUUAAGUGAAUAAACAUGUAGAGGAGUAUAAUCUGAUGAACUUGAAUGUUUAUGGGGAGAAGAUGAGAAAUGUAAAGCUUAGAGUUUAAAAGAUUGCUCAUCUCUAACUGGAUAUAAAAUUUGUGAUAUAAACUAAAUUGAGUGUCAAAAAAAUAAUUAAGGAGAUUGUGUACCUUUAACAUGCGGUGAUAAAAGAUUAGAGAAAGAUUGUUCAAAUACUAAAAUCGUAAAAUAAGGAUCAUCCUCAUAUUAUUUAUGUGUUUGGGAGAAUGGACUAUGUUAAGAAGCUAAGAAUGCUUAACAUUUGAAUAGAGAUACUUGCUCUAAAUAAACUGCUGCAAAUUAUAAGUGGGUAAACGGAUCAUGUUAAACUUGCAAAAUCCUUCAACCUAAAAUCUUAGAUUAAUAAAAAGAUGGUUAUAUUGAAUCUGAAGCUUAGAUUAUCAUUAUUUAUCUUUCAACAUUUCUAUUGAGUAAGUUUGUAAUUGUAUUUCUAUUCAUAGAUUGA